AUGAGGCUGAACUGGUUCCUCCUGCCUGUCUGCCUUGUGCUGGUUCCCAGUUGGGGUCUGGCGUCUGGAGGAGAGCUGGAUUUCGGGUUCGUCCCGUCUGUGGUGUACGAGACGCUGGCGUACUACGAGCCAGGGGCGAUGGGCGCACUGUUCCACCUGGUACACGCGUUCCUUUACCUGGUGCAGCCUAACCCCUUCCCUUCAGAUCUGGUUGUGAAGAUCCUGCAGCAGAACAUGGGAGGGAUUAAACCAGAAGAGCUUCAGAAGCCGGAGAACAUCGUCCUGACGCUCCAGGUCGUGCAUUACGAGCUGGGCUUCGUGGUGCUGGCGUCUCUGGGCGUCCUGUCGGCGCUGCUGAUGCCGCUGGCGGGUUUGUGCUUCUGCGUGUGCCGCUGCUGUGAGAACUGCGGGGGCGAGAUGCACCAGAGGCACCGGAAGAACGCCGAGUGCCAGCGCAGCUUCUACACCGCCUCGCUCGUCGCCUCGUCCGCCUUCAUCGCAGUGGGCGUGUUGAUCUCCUACACAGCGAAUCACAACAUCACGUCACAGAUCAAAAGCACCCGGCGGCUCGUCAGCAGCAACUUCAGAGACCUGAAAUCCCUCGCCAGUAACACGCCCGCGCAAAUAAACUACCUGACGUCUCAGUACACCACGGUGAAGAACCGCGUUCUGUCUGAUCUGGACAAUGUCGGACCUCUGCUGGGGGGCCAGAUACAGGACCGGCUGGAGAAGGACGUGACGCCGGCUUUAGAUAAAGCACUGCGCAUGACGGCAGCCAUGCGGGAGACGACGGACGCCCUGGAGACCGUCAGCACGUCUCUGGAGACCCUGCAGGAGGCGACGCUGAGGCUGCACAGAUCCCUGCAGUCGGAGCGCGCCUCGCUCUCGAACACGCUCACCGACCAGGCCUGCGGGAGCGGGAACGCCACACGCAGCUGCGACGCCGUCCGGGCGGCGCUUGCCCGGCUCGACGUCGGCGCCCACUUCGACCGGCUUCCCGCCGUCGACGCCCAGCUGGAGAAUCUGGAGGCGGUGAUGAGGACGGACCUCGGCUUCAUCGUCCAGAAGGGAUACGCCGCGCUAAACGACACCUCCAGGAUCGUCACCGACCAGACCGCGGACGUCGUGUCCAAAGUAAAGGACUUGUUGGAUGAGUCUGGUGCCAAGAUCACCGCCUUCACCAGCAUGUUUCCGGUGGCACCGGCGCUGGAGAACUUCACCCAGUUCCUCACAGAAGGGCAGAGAAACAUCGAGGCCUUCUACCACAAGAUUGACCAGUUUGACUUUUACCGGUGGAUAGGCUGCGUGGCCAUGUGCUGCACGGUGGUGCUCAUCCUGGCGUUUAACGCCUUCGGUCUGCUGUGCGGGAUAUGCGGCCACGACAGGAAUGCCACGCCCACCACGCGAGGCUUCCUCUCCAACACGGGGGGCAAUCUUCUCAUGGCUGGUGUCGGCUUCAGCUUCAUCUUCUCCUGGGUGCUGAUGGGAGUGGUGGUCGCCGGCUUCGUCGCCGGGGGGAACGUGGAGAAGCUGGUGUGUGAGCCCCUGGCCAACAGACAACUCUUCCAGAUCAUCGACACGCCUUAUAUGGUCCAUCCUGGGAAGAAGAACUUCCUACCCGGGAUGCUGUUUCAGAACCCCGACAUCGACCUCACCGUCGGCAGCGUGUACAGGGAUUGUUACGAUAAUAACGGCAUCUAUUCCGCACUGCAACUGGAGAACCAGUUCAACUUCAUCAAGUUCGUCAACGCGACAGUGUACAACCACGAGCUGAGUAAUAUAUUCGAGGGCGUGAGCGUGGACCUGCAGGGUGUGAUCCUCCUCCAGCAGGAGGGCAAGGACAACCUCAUCAGCUUCGUUAAUGCGGGUCUUAGGGAGGUCGACUACCAGGCGUACCUCACCGAGGUCAAUAAAGGAGUGACCGUUGUGGAUCUGCUCUCCUUUGCCAAUGAGUUGGAGGCCCAAGCAGAUCAUCUGCCCAGAGGCGCGCUGGGAAACGCGAUGAGGGGUCACGCCAGCAGCAUCCGGCAGAUUCACAAGGAGCAAGUGGUGCCCAUGGAACAAGCGAUGAGAUUUGUCCGGGCGAGGAGCUCCUUAUCUCAGAGUACCAGGUUCCUGCAGGCCGCGGUUAAGGAGCUUCCCAAUAGAGUCGCCAGCGUGCUGAGCGCCGUGGACGCCGUGGAGUAUCUCAUCGCCAACAACGCCUCGCGAGUGGUGGAGCAGGAAACAGAUAAAUACCUGAGGAAGCUGGCGGGGUACCUGCAGCAGUACGUCAGCUGGGUGGAGCACUCGUUGACGUCGGAGGUGGCUCAGUGCAAACCCAUCAGCAACAUGGUCGACUCCCUGGAGAUCGUCGCCUGCGGUUUCAUCGUGGACUCGGUGAACACCUUCUGGUUCGGACUGGGCGUCUGCUGUUUGUUCCUCAUCCCCAGUAUCGUCGUGUCCGUCAAACUGGCCAAAUUCUACCGCCGGAUGGACACGGAGGACGUAUUCGACGACGGCCCCGAGAACUGGAGCUAAACGACCCACCAGAGAACACGGCGCCGAAGCCGAAGCGACUCCGAUCGCCGAGUCUGACGUGAGACUUUUGGGAUUUUUGAAGCUUUUUAAAUCAUGAGGUUGAAAAGUAAUAAUAAUAUACAAUAAUAAUAAUAAUUUGUAGGUGGUAAAAUGAAGCAGAACGUUGUGUUUUGUAUCCAAAGAUCCAUUUACGUGCUACAAUAAACUAUAAAAAACUAUAAA